AUGUCAACCCUAAAUGUGCAUAUAAACUUGAAUCACUAUCAAUUGAUUUUAUAGUAGGAGAAAACCAAUAAAAAUACUUAUCAAUUACAAAAAAAAGAAUUUCCUCAUGGUCCAAUUAAUUUUUAUGAGCAAAGGUUCAACUCAAUUAAUUUUUCAAAUACAAAAAUAAAUGAAGUAAUUGGAUGGAUUCUUAUAAUUGCUGUAAUCUUAUUUAUGGUUAUGAUGACUAUAUCUUUAAUUCAAGAUUCUAUAGUUGGAUUUGCCAUUCCAUUAUUAUCAGUUGCUACAUUCUUCAUAGUUUAUAUAAAUUGGGUAUCUAUGAAAUUUUUUGUAAACUCAUGA